AUGAGCAACGUAGCGCCGCCAUCUGCGCCGGUACCCCAUUCAUCACCACCCAACACGAGCGAGAUAACCGAACUUCCUUCUCCAGCUCACAUCGUAAUCAAAAGUAUUCAAUGCGCCCGUUGCUCUCAGAUCUUUCGCUCGCCGCUGCGGCUUCCAUGUGGAAACUCGAUCUGUCGGUCCUGUCUCCCGCCAAUCCACGAACGUACAGGUAUAACAUACCCCGCGGACGAAGGGCGGAAGCAUGGAUUCUUAUGUCCCUGGGGGAAGACGGAUACAUGUGCUGGGGAGCAUUGCUUGGGUGACUGUGGAGCAGAUGUCUUGCUGAAUCGACUGGUCGACGUGUUCGCGGAAUCUCUGGCGGACCGCCAAGCUGGCUGGGAGGCAGGUGCGUCCACGGUGACGUGGAAAAGCUCGCGGGACGAGCCGCAUGAAAUGACUACAAAGUGCGAAACCAUCGCACUAGAUCUUCUGAAGGGCGUCUACGGUCUUAUCAAAGAGGGCCGGUUCGGCUAUGACGCGUCGGACGUGCACUAUUCGACGGACGAUGCCGCUGAGAGCUCGAGCGCGACCCGGCGCUCCUAUACAAUACUCAAGGAUGCGGUCAGGAAUGAGUUAGACUGCCAGGUGUGCUAUUCGCUUAUAUUGGACCCGUUGACGACGCCUUGUGGCCACACAUUCUGCCGCGACUGUGUGACUAUGGUAAUGGACCACAGCGAUCUUUGCCCUGUUUGUCGCCGGAAGCUGAACUUGUCCUCGACCUCCCGCAGAGAGCCUAGUAAUUCGAGAAUUAGGACUCUUUUGGAAACUCUGUUUCCCGAGCAGCUGGCGAUGCGGAAGGAGGCAACGGCUGAAGAGGCAGCUGCCGCUGACGAUGUACAGACGCUUCCCUUAUUUGUGAAUUCGCUCUCCUUCCCAACUAUGCCAACGUUCUUGCAUGUCUUCGAACCUCGAUAUCGGAUUAUGAUGCAGAGAGUCAUGGAGACGAGAGGUAAGAAGUUUGGUAUGGUCUUACACAACCGCGGAGGCCGAGCCCAGCCAGGACUAGGAAGGUCGGAGUUCAUGCAAUUUGGCACAGUCUUGAUGGUUGAUCGCUAUGAGCUUCUCCCAGAUGGAAGAAGCCUGAUAGUGGCUACUGGCGUUUCACGCUUCAAGGUAAUUGGCUCGGAGGUGGUGGACGGCUAUCAUGUUGGUAGGGUACAACGCGUGGAAGAUGUUCCUGUCACUGAAGAAGAGCGCCUGGAAUCACUAGAAACGUCGGCUGCACGGGAACAAACACUGUCAGGAGAUGCUAAUCCUACAGAGACACCAAUUGAAGUUCUCCCGACCCAGCAAUUAUUCCAGAUAGCUCAAGACUUCCUUGACGAACAACGUCGGAAGGGAGUCGCUUGGCUUCAUCCCCGUGUCUUGCUGGCAUACGGCAAUGCCCCGACAGAUCCUGCUACUUUUCCAUGGUGGCUUGCUAGCGUCUACCCUCUGUGGGAAGAUGAAAAGUACUUGCUCUUAUCUACAAGUAGUGUCAGGGAUCGACUAAAGAUUGUGGCUCGAUGGGUCCAAAAGGCGAGGUCUCGAGAAUGGCUGGCCGGUUCUCGCCCAUCUUUCUCUUCUGCCUUAUGA